AUGGAGAUGCUAGCUAGUGGAAAAACAAACAAUGUUGAAGUUCUAUGGGAGGACCAACAAAAGAUCAACGAGUUUUCAACAUUAAUCCAAAAAAAGGACAUAUUGACAAUUGAUUUGAAAGAUUGCAGACAAGAGAAAGAAUAUCUAGAUGAUGUUUCAACGGAAUUGGAUAUGAUGGAAUUGGAAAAUGACGACUUUGACGACUUAUUGUCUGAUGAUGAUGAUGAUGAUGAUGAUGAUGAUGAUUUGAAUGACGAUUCUGAUAAUAAAGAAAAAAAAAAAGAUGUUUCUGAAGAUAAGAAAAUCCAAUACAAAAUUGGUGACGCAUUCAUAUUUAUGUCAUUGGAAGAAACUAAAACAAGAUUAGAAAAAGACAACAAAAUAUUGGAAAACAAAAUAAUUAAAUUUGAAGAAAAUAUUGAUAAAAUUAAUGAACGAUUAACGAGUUUGAAAAGUCAGUUAUAUGCCAAAUUUGGUUCAAAUAUUAAUUUAGAGCGUGACGAAUAA